AUAUUAGCCUUCUUGGCAUUGAAAUAAUGAUCCAUCUUUUCAGACAUCAAGAUUGUGAAUGACUAUGUAUGCCAAAAAGUUACUUUUAUACACUUGUUGGAAAAAAACCUCUACCACCUUUGCUGUUCUGAUUUGACCACACAUCAUAUCACAUCAUAUCAUAUCAUCAUGUUAUGACUAUGACUUAUGUGCUACUUGUUACGAAGCAGGAGCUACCACAACUCGACAUACUACAGAACAUCCAAUGCAAUGCAUUUUAACUAGAGCUGAUUUUGAUUUGUACUAUUGUGGAGAAGCAAUAUCUGUUGAUCAGCCUCAGGCAUAUACUUGUCCAUUUUGUGGAAAGACUGGUUUCACAGAGACUACAUUACAUGAGCAUGUAACAUCAGAGCAUCCAGAUACAUCAUUUGAAGUGGUAUGUCCUGUUUGUGCAGCUCUUCCAGGUGGAGAACCAAAUAAUGUUACUGAUGAUUUUGCAGCCUAUUUGACAUUAGAGCACCGAACUCCAAGAGAUUUAGAUGAUUCCUCUAGUUCUCGUCAAGUUCGUCUAAUACCUCAUCCUGGUAGGGGCAUGAGUAGUGCUCAACCACGUAGGUCGCAAAUGCAGUUUACUUCAAGUGGCUUAUCUUCUCUCUCUCCAGGCAGUCGGGAAUCAAUGGAUCCUAUAGCAGAAUUGCUUUCUCAACUGUCUGGAGUGAGACGAACAUCCAAUCUUGCUCAGUCAUCAACUGCAUCCACCACCACUACACAACUUCAGCAACUCCAGAUGCAGUUACAGUUAGAACGCCAACAAGCUCAGGCAGCUCGGCAACAGCAACAUCAUAUGAUGAGAAAUGUUUUGUUUUGAUGUAUUCUUCCAUCCCUUAAAGUUUGCCCCCUUUUUUUUUGUUUGAUUUCCUACCUAUAAUUAUGGGUUUGUUUUUAGAUAUAAAUCAAUAAUUUAUUACUAUGUGAGAGUUUCCAUAAUUUUCCACAAUCUGAUCUAGAUAAUUUGGUGACUAGAUGGCUGAGGCAGUUAGUGUCAGCCUAACAGUUCAGAGGACCUGAGAUCAAAUCCAGAAAAUUUAAAAAUCCCAGGAAUUUUUCUGGGAUGGUCUGUCCUGGCUAUGCCAAGCUCCAUUCUUAACCAUCUGGCCAUCCAAAUUACAGGCCUGGCUAAACCCAUGAUGGGUAUGAUUAAAAAAGGCCUACAGUGCCUUUUUUUAAUCAUGUGCCUACAAGACAGAAAAAGUUUUUUAAAAAAAUAUCUAAAUUAUUUUGUUAUUUCAGUGGUACUCAUCCAGUUUGCCAUAAACA